UUAUAAUACAAUUUUAUGUUUACCAGAUCAGAUGGUGAAAAUCACGAUGAACGACCAAAAGUGGAUAAGUUGUUCUUGAAGAAAAAGGGAAUAGGCUCGGAAGCCAGGGCUGAACGCAUGGCUAAUGCAGAUGCAGACUUACAGUUGCUGGGGGAAGCGGAACGAGAAAGACGGCUGCAAAAGCAGAAGAGACGCAGGCGUCAAGGACAGGAAGAUGAAGUGCUAGCAAAACUUGAGAAAUUUAAGUCCGUAUUUUCUGCCAAAUCCAAUGGAUCUGACGAUGAACCUGUGCGUAAGAAGGACGAAAACUUGUCUGAUUGGAUGGGAGUCGGACUAAAGUUUACUCCUGAGGCUGGCAAGGAUAACAUGUCUCGAAGUGAUGACCCGAACGACUAUGUGGUGCACGACCCACUUUUGGAGAAAGGAAAAGAGAAAUUCAACAAAAUGCAGGCCAGGCAAAAACGACGUGAACGAGAAUGGGCCGGGAAAUCUCUUACUUGAUCUCAUUUCUGCUUUUCAAUAUCCGAUCUAAUAUUUGAAUCUCAAGUUCAGUCAAAUGCUCUGCUUUCAGAUGAAAUUACUAAUGAUAAUGCAACUACCCUAGUAUAACAAUGAUAACAAGGUGAAAGUUCUCUGCUGCAUGAAUUGUAUCGAGCAGUAGCACAACUAAACAGUUAUGAUAUGUUUGGUUCGUGGUAAUGGAUUAGAGUUAUAGUACAAUAGACAAGAUUUGAGUUUCUUUUUCUUCCUUGAUCUUAUCAACCAACUAUGCUAUAUGUGAACGGGUGCUGCUUCUUCCCUUCUCUUCUUAGUUCUCCUCUUUUAUGUUUAAACUUUAAUUUUGAUCUGUGAUGAUACAAUGCGAUUUGAAAGUGUACAAUGCAAAUGACACUGUCAUCCUUGUAUCUCCAUGGAUGUGUAUUUCUCA